AUGACUGCAGAACUACAGCGUGAUAUUCCUUCUCAGCCUCAUCAGUUCACUACUGCUACCAGUAGUACAACAAGCACUACCACUCCUACCGUUGGUUCUUCAACAGCUAGGGAUACCCAAACCUCAUCAACAACUUCAGAUACAACGGCUGCUAACCCAGGAGGAUCAGGCCCUAAGGGUCCCGAGGCUGAUCAGCCAUUAUCCAAAGACGCUGAGCAACCACUGAAUGGAAGAUCCAGUUCCAAUUCUUCCCUGAACCAGCCAAAGAACAACAUGGCUUCUUCAGAUGCUACCGCUGAUCACCCUGAUGGUAAACAAGAAAGACCAUCAUCUGAUGCAGCACCUCCUAAUCAUCACAAUCCGGAUGAUCCGCAAUCAGAUAAGUCUUCCUCUUCCCCUCCUCAUCCUAAUGGAACAACAACACAGCCUCAGGGAUGCAAAUCAACGCCUCCCCUCCCACCUGCUUCCACUGCUGCCGGCAUUAGUACUGGUACAACUACUGCUACUGGAGUGUCCAUUAUAAGUCAAUCAGAAGAUGAAAUUGACGAGGAAGAGGUAGUAUUAGAAUCAGAGAAUGACCCGGGAGAAUCACACAUGAGAUCCUCGGCCAGACGGCGCUCUCUUUCUCCUGCCAGGUCGACCAUGAGCAUGGCAUCCACUGUCAGCUGUGAAGUAGAUGUCGAUGAACACGAGGAGGAGCUAGAGAUGUUUUCGAGAAUUGGAGCAGCCGCUGCUGCAAAGGCGGCUUCCAAGCCUCAUCUCAUUGAACCAGACCAACCACCAGAAACGGUAUCAACGAGAGCAGCCUCACCGCCUCACAUCGAACUUUCCCCCUCAGGGAACAAUCCCGUGGAUGUAGACGAGUUCAUUGAUAGAAACUCACCAGUACCGCCGGAGAUACAUCAUGAAAGCGAAUCCAGUGUCGAUUUUGAUUCCAUAUUGGACGAAGCACCAGCUCCACCUCCGCCCAAAAUACAACCCAAGCAUUCCUACCGAAAGCCUGCCAUCAAAGCCAUUAGAGAAGAAGACCCAAAUCAGCUUGACGCUUCACAGCUCAACUUUAGUGAACACACCACCAACAACAAGCCCUUCAAGGAAACGGCUUCUUCAUCGGCGUCCGAUCUGAAAACCAAGCCCAGUCUCUUGCACUUUCGUGGAAACGGCGCCAGUGGAGGCAUUAGUACAGAUGACGACGAAUCAUCCAUUGCUGCUUCCGUCGCAUCCACUCCGGGCACACAACAAGCCGUCAAAAGAGCCUCGCAACGAGUCUUGCAGGUGCCGGGCGAGUCUGCGGCACGGCCACGUGGCUCUGGUGUCUCGUCCAGCGCCACCUUGGCGAAACCACCAUCCUUCGGUGAAGUCAAGCGAAGCAAUAGUUUCAAAGACAAUCGCAAGGUAGGUCGCAUGUGGAGGGGACUAAAGAAAAAAGUCAGCGGCGUUGUGUCCAUGUCGUCGUCGAGAAAGCCAAAAUCCAAAUCACCGCAACGCAGAAGUACCGACGCUUUUCCUUCCGAGCGGUCGCCGUCACGACAAAGUUCUGCCGCAUCCGUGGCAUCUUCCACGGCAUCGCGCAAGAGCAGUAAGGUCGUAGUUGUAGCGGCACCACAAGAACAGGAGAUUCCUCGUCGUGGCCGUGCAACAAGAGCCAAUACGGCAAGCAAUGUGACCCAGAAACGCAGUGUGUCACCGCUGGGAGCAGGCAUUCGACGAGUACACACGUCACCAGUCCGGUCGCGAGCGGUUCAUCGACAGCCAUCACCGGUACGGAAUCGAGUGGGACGAUUCGCAAAAUCCAUGGCAGCCAAGAGUUCCGCCCAGGACAGCCUGGCCAAAUCUGGACACACACCACGUGGAAGACCUAGUGAUCGAUCGGUUCCCUCGAGAGACAAGACACGGUCUCGUUCCGAAGAACCCAUUCCAAGAGUUGACAGCGUUUUUGGCAAGAGGAGCAAGAAGGAACCUCCAUCGGAAGAAUAUCUCAAACAAUUGGAAGCCAUUGGCAAGUCAUUAAAGGAUGGAUUGGCCUACACGUCCAUGCCGGGUCGUACGAAGGGAACAACACAGGAGAAGUGUUUUGCAGGCAGUGCUGCUGUGGACUUUCUGAGUAAUCUUACACGCAAAAAUCGUUCCGAGGCACUCCAAGUAGGCCGUGAAUUGGUGGAACAUUUUGGAUUGUUCGUCCCCGUUAGCACCGGUGGUGUCUCUUCGGUCAUCAAAGUGCACAGCCACGACGGAGUGACAGGAUCGUUGCGGUCUACGGCUAACUCCCUUACGGGCGGCGGUAACUAUUCCGCCUUUUUGUUGCACGAUUCCAGCAACAUCCACUACCGCAUCGUCGCGUAUUUGCCCAUGGAAGUCAAGAGGAUGAAUAUGAUGACCAAGGUACGACUCUUCGAGGAAGGUGUCAAAGUCAAGACGCGACGGCAAGGAUUGCGCAAGCACAAAAAAUGCUUUGUUGGUUCCGAAGCGGUGCAGUUUUUGGUGCGGACACGAAUGGCGAAGACGCGAGGGGAAGCAGUCGAACUGGGGCGAAAGUUCGUUCGUCAGUUCAAUCUCUUUGAACCAAUAUUACGUGAUCACGAAUUUGAAGACUCCAGGAACAAGCUGUAUCGAUUUGUCGACAAGCGGAAUCGGUAUUUCUCCAUUGAUAACAUGCUGUCAACACGCUUGAUUUCCAUGGGACGAGAGGACACAGAUAUCAGUGGCGAGGAGGAGGACGACGAUUAUGACAAAGAUGACGACGGAGUUUCUUCCGUGGGCGGUUCGUCUUUCGUGUCAAGGAGUACCAAUGGAAACGACUCAGAAGACUUUGAAAGGUUCGUCCAACAAGAAGACGGUGAAGAGGAUCUCCCGAAAGAGUACCAGCGGCUCACUGAAGUAGCAGAGAUCUUGGAACGCGGCAUCAAGGUCGGCGACAACAGCAAGAAACCUGGAACCAAGAAAAGUGUUUCCUACAAGGAUACCUUUGUCGCGGCUAGAGCUGUGACUUUUAUGGUGACAUCUGGCCUCGCGGAUUCUCGCGUUGAUGCGGCCAAGCUUGGAAGACGUCUGGAGCGAGAGUUCAACCUGUUCAGAGAAGUGACAGGCAAGCACGACUUCAGUGAUUCCAUGUUUUACUUUCGGUUCACUGAUAAGAAGGAGCGAUUCACAAGACCUGUCAAGGCGGAGUUACCCUUGAAAGAAGUGGCGGCUACCUUUGAACAAGGCGUCAAAGUCAAGGACCACACAUACCGGCUCAAGACCUACAAGAACACUUUCAUGGGUUCCCGAGCUGUGGACUUCUUGGUCAACACGCGCUUGGCGUCAUCAAGAGGCCACGCGGUUCGUCUUGGGUGCCAAUUAGUGGAAAAAUACAACCUGUUUGAAAAGGUUACUGGCAACAGAGAAUUUGAGGAUGAUCAAAUAUAUUUCCGCUUCACACCAGCGGAUCGGCGUACCGUUCCCGAGGAGGACUUACCACAGCAUAAGAGGAAGCGAAGAUCCGGCCGUGCUUUCCUCCUGAAUCGCAGUGAAGCCAGCAGAGCAUCCCUUGCGGUCAAGAAUGUGUCGGAUGAAAUGUUGGCAAUAGCUGAGAGCUUCUUAAACGGAGUGAAAGUCAAGGAACACAAAUUCCGCGCGAAAGCUUACCGAGGAACCUUCGUUGGGAGCGAGGCCGUCAGUUUCAUGGUCAAUUCCAGUCUGGCAAAGUCUCGGAAGGAUGCCGUGGACUUGGGGAAGAAGCUGACUCACGAUGUUGGCUUGUUCCUUGGAAUCGACGGCAAGAGAGAGUUCAAGGAUGAUUAUCUCUUAUAUCGAUUCUCGCAACAAUUCGAAGAACAGCUGAAAGGCAGCGGCGACAGCAAAACGCCUCUGCGUGGAUUGGUGUCUGCCGUGUCUGGUUUGAAUUCUGUCAGCUUGAAAUCAUUACCACUCGAGAUAAUUGCAGAGGCAUUCCGUAACGGAGUGAGGGUUGGAGGAGGAAUGAUGGAGAAUCCAGAUCAAAGACGUAGUGCCGCAGCCGAGCUGUUGAAAUCGUCCGGAGACAUAGUGACACAGGCCGGUGAAAUCCUCCUGAGAACCACUACUGGAGAUUCAUUGAAAGGAAGUGGGCGAGAUCAAAGCGAGAACCCGAAAGAGAAAGAGAAGGAGAAGAAGAGCAAGAAGAAGAAAAAGAGCAAAAAGCCCGAUGACGCGUUUGUGGGAUCGGACGCUGUCGAUUUUCUUGUGGGAUCGGGUCUUGCGGAAGGUCGUGUGGAGGCCGUUGAUCUGGGCAGAUCUCUUGCACGAGAAUUUGGCUUGUUCGAACACGUCGACCAAGAGCAUGAGUUUGAAGAUGAGGACUUGUACUACCAAUUCUGCUAUGACGGCGAGAUUCGCCCCAUGGAAACAAUCAACAUCGACGUAUCGCGUUUGAUGGUCAUUGCCAAAGACUUUGAAACAUGCGUGAAGGUCAAGGAGCACAAGUUCCGUCUCCGUACAUACAAGAAAUCUUUCCUGGGAUGCGAAGCUGUCGACUAUCUUGUCGAUUCCUGUACGGCUACCAGCCGCAAGGAAGCUGUGCAAAUGGGGCGAGCCAUCACAAAGGAAUUCAACCUUUUCGAACACGUUACAAACGACCGACAAUUCGAGGAUUCCAACAUCCCCUACUUUUUCGUCGGCAACUCGCAGCGCUACAAGGGAUUGAAUCUCGAGAAGAAGCGAGCACGACGGAAUAUUUUUGCAUCUAGUGAUGACGAUGAAUCUGAUCAAUCGGGCCAAGACGACAUGAGGGAUUCCCAGAACAGCAUCAGCAUGCAACAACAAUCUUUCAAUUUCUCCUUCAACGUUGACGAAGAAGAGGACCGAGACUGGGCAAACAAGAUGGCGAAUUUCGAGCGCCGCAUGCACUCUACGCAAGCGGCCCCCUUCAUCAGUACCAGACAUUUAGUGGCUAACGACGACAACAGCAGCGUGUCUUCGUCCGAAGUGCGAAAAGAGACAAUGCAAAAUCGAUUCAUGGAUUGGGCGUCCAAAUUCCAUCGGCUCGACCCGCGUUAUCAAAUUCGAUAUUUCUUUGACUUCGUUGCUCAAGACGGAGCGGAAAAUGCAGAAACGAACGUAAUGGAUGUCGACAAUUUGCGGCCGUUGUACAAUUUCCUACCGAGUCGAGCGCAAGUUUUCACAGUUUGGCGCCCAACCUCGGCAGAUGCAAUCCGAAAAAUGAUGCUCGGACAAGCCGUUGGUAAGGGCCUGGACAUUAAGGGAAAAUCUGCAAAACGAGGCAAGUUGUCUGGGUUCGUUCCGUUUCUGCAGAUCGGAGAAAACAAGCAUAAGAGCAAAAUCCGGCCGCCAAGCAAAGAAGGAGUCGUUCGAGUCUUCUAUCCCGGCGACUCUAGAAGAGGGCGUGAUAUUGCAGCAGAGAAAUUGGAACGGGUAGGACUGGAGAUGAUGGAGACGGUGGAAGAAGCCCGGGCGGUGCUGGCUGACAACGACGCUUCCAAAUCAGCACGGAAGGACGCAUUGGAUGCGAUGCUUUUGGACCUGGGACCUGACCCAUCGAUCACGUAUAUCGAUGACUAUGCUCCCGAAAGGUAUGGUUUGGAGAUCCCCGAGCGUUUGUACUGGGAAGCUUAUUUUGUUCGACAAGAUUGCACACGAAAACCUGGCUCAGAAUACGACACUGGUCGUCCAUCCCAACCAGCAUUCCAAGACAUGAACUUUGCCGCAAUUCGUGCGGAACCAAAAGAAAAUGCGCCGCGAGCAGUUGUCUACCAGAGUGCUGAUUCCGACUCCCCCAUGAAUCCAUUUGAACUCUUAGUUGCCUACGAGGAACACGGUCGCGUGAUGCCCGUCGUGUCUGAUUUUGACUGUUUCCUCGUUGGAACGAAGCGUGUACAAUUCCAGUCCACACUGGCAACCAAUCAACUGAAUGUUUUGAAGUGGUACACGGGUGAGAUUGAAAGUGUGAUGAAGAGCUCGAAGGUGGGCGACAGUUGGACCGUCAACUGGCUUGAAAUUCUAAAAAAGGCUGCACGAGAAGGAUUCUACCCCGAAAUGCCCCGUUUUGGGUUUGGAGACCCAAAGAGUUACUCCAUCAUGAAGAACGCCGUUUCUCGAUUGAGCCAUUCAGGUGCCGUGCGGCACGGUGCAGAAUGCUUCAACUAUUACUUCCCACAAGAUCUGGAUGAUGAAUUUCUUGUGAUUGCUAACGACUUACCGGACAACAAGCCAUGGGCGUACGUUGAUGUAGAGGGCUUGCAAGACAUUUUGGAAGAGAAGAUUGAGCAAGGAUUCACCUUCCCGCUGAACCCCAAAUGGGUUUUAUGCGACGCUUACCGAUGGAAGGAAUUAUACGACAAGCUGCUGCUGAGCGACAAGGAGGAGACAAAACAAUCGAUGAAUGUUUGGUUCCCACCGGAUUCUGGUAUUCGCGAAUUGAUUGAAAGAGUUCACGAAUCCCGACCAUCGGGAUUCUACAAGGGCGACGACGACGGAGAUGCUGGCGACGACGACGACGACAGUAGCUCCGAAGGAAGCGGUGCUGCUGGAGCCAAAGAGACGAUGAUGUCAACCGUGUUUGCCAUCCGUCUCUUGGAAAAGUUCCAAGAGCGAACGAAAAAGUACCAAUCGAGCGGCGAAAGCGCCGGCGACGACAGUGAUUCAGACUAG